AACAACAAAUUUGGCCUGAGGUGCAAGAACUGCAAAACCAACAUCCACCACCACUGCCAGUCCUACGUGGAGAUGCAGCGCUGCUUCGGCAAAAUCCCCCCAGGGUUUCGCCGAGCGUACAGCUCGCCCCUCUACAGUGACCAGCAAUACGCCUGCGUCAAGGAGCUGCUCUCGGCCAACAGGAGCGACCCUGUGUUCGAGACCCUGCGGACAGGCGUCAUUAUGGCCAACAAGGAGCGCAAGAAAGGGCAGGAUGACAAGAAGAACCCUUUGGCUGCUAUGAUGGAUGAGGAACCAGAGGCCACAAAGCCAGAAGGGGGCAAAACCGAGGGCGGCACCUCUGAAGGGGACAAGAAGACUGAGAAGAACCCAACAGAUGACAAGAACAAGAAGCCACAGCCAGGGAUUCGUGGUGGCUACCCGCAGUCUCACUAUUUUGUGGCACUUUAUCGCUUCAAAGCCCUGGAGAAAGAUGACCUGGAUUUCCCGCCAGGGGAGAAGAUCACGGUGGUCGAUGACUCCAAUGAGGAGUGGUGGCGGGGGAAGAUCGGUGAAAAAAUUGGUUACUUCCCUCCAAACUUCAUCAUCCGCGUGCGGGCAGGUGAGCGGGUGCACAAGGUGACACGUUCCUUCGUGGGCAACCGGGAGAUCGGUCAGAUCACGCUCAAGAAGGAUCAGAUUGUGGUGCAGAAGGGCGAGGAGGUGAAUGGUUAUGUCAAAGUCUACACUGGCCGCAAAGUGGGGCUCUUCCCCGUGGACUUCCUGCAGGAGAUCUGA